AUGGCUACAUGGGCACAUGGCUGUCUCCAAUAUGUGGUCUCCUGGUUUAUGCAUAUGACUGCUACGGAAAGACCAGCAACAGCUUACCAAAGACUAAUGGAGGGCAAAUGCCUAAGCUGCGUGGACCACGUGCGGCCUGCUGAGCUGCCUAGCUCACAAGGACCUGAGGGGGAGCGGCUGCCGGGGGAUGGUGCCAGCUGCUCAGCUCCUGAUGACCAGCGCCGUAUCAGUGAUGACGGAGCGUCAACGCACAGCAUUAAUCCAUUCCAAGAGGAUCCAGUGGAAACAGAAGGCAUGCUCAGAGCACCUCGCUACUACCGGGGGAUAUACUGUCCCUCAAUCACAAAUAGUUUUAAGAAUAAAGCAGUAGAGUUAUCAUACCAAAGAUAUUCGCGGAGGCAGCGACAGAAGUCACUUAUAAUGGUGAACGUUGUCGAUUUAGCACUUAAGCCAAAACUGUUUCAUUUAAACUACAUGGCUCAACCAUGUUCUGUUCGACAAGAUAACUCAACUAAUUUCAAGCCACGUCAAGGGGCCGCAAAUCUUGAAAAACAAAUGCAACGACAAACGCGGUAG